CUCUUGUUUCCUUUUCUCCCUAAACAAUUCAGAUCUCUGCUCCUCAUGAAAGAAGAGCGUGAGGAUGGAUCCCCUUGUCCCCUGCGGAAAAGACAGAUACAUUUCCAUAAAUGAACUGAUGUUGCAUUUGAAGACAUACAACUUAUAUUAUGAAGGUCAGAACUUGCAGCUCCGGCACAGAGAGUGGAGAUUAUUCUACAUGUGUCCCAGAGAGCAGGAGCUCUGAGGCUUUGUUAGUGAUGAUGGAUUGGAUCUGGGCUUGGGGAACCUUGGAGGAGGAGGAGGAAGGCGAGUUUAUCGUCGAGGGUUUGCUGAACAUCUCCUGGGGCUUGCGCCGGCCUAUUCGUUUGCAGAUGCAGGAUGACAACCAGCGAAUCCGGCCCCCUCCAUCCUCUUCCUCUUGGCACUCUGGCUGCAAUCUGGGAGCACAUGGGUCGGUAGUGAAGCCAAGUACCUUACCAGAUAUUCAGAUAACAGAUGUAGAUGCUAUGACAGAUGCUGAGGGUCCUGAAAGUGGAGCAGAUGUCAAUGACUUAAAAUCCCAGCCGGAGGAGACACCGCAGCUGAUGAGGACCAGAAGCGACGUGGGUGUGCGCCGCAGGGGAAAUUUUCGCACCCCGAGUGAGCAGCGGCGGAUCAAGCGCCAUCGCUUUUCCAUCAAUGGGCACUUCUACAACCACAAAACCUCUGUGUUCACGCCAGCCUAUGGCUCCGUUACCAAUGUCAGGAUAAACAGCACAAUGACAACUCCUCAAGUCCUCAAACUGCUGUUGAACAAAUUUAAGAUUGAAAACUCUGCUGAAGAAUUUGCAUUGUAUAUUGUCCACACCAGCGGAGAAAAGCAGAAGCUGAAGACUACAGACUACCCCCUGAUUGCCCGCAUCCUACAGGGGCCAUGUGAACAAGUCGCCAAGGUUUUCCUGAUGGAGAAGGACCAAGUCGAAGAAGUCACCUAUGAUGUUGCUCAGUAUAUCAAAUUUGAAAUGCCAGUUCUCAAAAGCUUCAUCCAGAAGCUCAAAGAAGAAGAAGAUCGUGAAGUGAAGAAGCUCAUGCACAAGUACACUCACCUCCGAGGAAUGAUAGAACAAAGACUAGAAGAGAUUUCUGAGAGCCCAGCAACAAUCUAAAGUUCUUUUCAGCACUGUGCCAUGGGCCUGACUUGGCAACAGAUUCUCUUUUAAGAAUAGUUGUUUACAUGAAGAAUAUGCUGUAAUGAGAGAAGAUGCACUUCCUUCUGGGAAUCGAACCUGACCACACACAACCCUGCUGAGACUGAGGUGUGCCCUGUAUCUGCUCAGCAGACUUUCGUGCGGAUGAGCCAAUGGACUUGUUCCACAGAAGGAACAUCUUCCAGUAGUUACCCCUCCCCAAAUCCACCCAAGGAAGUAAUUUGCUGAAUGCAAGUAUGUGUCUUGUGUGGGGGGGAAAAUACCCUUCAGAAGUGAUUUUUGGAACGACUGUGCUUAGUAUUUGCUAAGAGGGGAGCUACUUUACUAGCGUGCUGAAGGGAAAGACUUUGGGAUAUUUCUACCAAGGUUAUGGUGCCAUGCCCAACUGCUUUAACCUGCAGAGUUUGGACUGAAGAGUCAAUUCAAGAGGAGUAGGUCAUAUUCUUUUGCCUUUUGCCUAAUCCCACUCUGAGAAAUUUAACUGUGCUAAAUUCUGACAUUACUAUGCAUAUAUUUUCAUGUCUGUAUGAAAAAGAAAGUAAACAAAAUGCAAGUCCAUUGAAACUAGCAUUUGCCAUACCAGCACACUUAAAACAUGACCAGUCCUGGUCAGUGCACCAAACUGGUCCAAGGUCACAGUAACUACAAUAACUGCAAUAAUUGCUUCUGACUCCAGCUUAUGUUGAGUUGCAAUGCAUUAGGAAAUGUGUUUUGAUUGCAAAGGUGAAUGUACUGUGUAGCUUUGUUCUACGUGGGAUCCUUUGCCGUGUACUUUUUCCUUUUGAGAAGGUUCUGCCAGAAUGUAGCCAGAGGGAGCUUUUGUUUUACUUGCACUGGUGAAAGAUAGGUUUUGCUCCUCUCCUGCUUGGAUUUCUCCCCUUCUUUCUUGUCAGGAAAACUCCCCCCAUGCUCAGCCAUUCCUGACCUGUUUUUAGUUUAUUUCUCAUUAGGGACUCUCUAUCCACAUGCAAAUGGUCUUGGCUUUCCCCCUGUUUGUUGCCAUUGAGCUAGAGACACUCAACCAUAGUGGCAAGUUAAGCACUGGUCCUCAAAGAGCUAGCCCACAAUAUGAAGCAAGCAGUCUGCUCUGGCCCAACCCUGGUGUGCCCUUUUCAUCUGUGUAUCACAAAGCUAGGAGAAGGCAGGUAUUGUCUGAGCAGGAAGCGGGAGACUGGUGGGAGAUAAGCUUGGAUGGGGGCACCCUGACAGCCCUGACUACUUUCUGACCCAAGAUGUGUCAGGAGAGCUGCAGGGGUCAGGGUGGGGCAGAAGUUCUUGAAGCCCUGUAAUUGUAACCUUUACUUUUUUGUGGCUUGAGUGUUUUAGGAGAGUAGCUCUGCUUCUUGAGCCAUCUUGCUUUAAUGCCUGUCUCAAGCAGGGAUAAAAGACUCCCAUCUUUGUCCAGACUUAUGCCAAGCAAUUCCGCCCAUGAUAGUGUGCCUUGGGUUUGCAGUCUUGAAUGGAGCAUGUCAUGCCAUUAACUGAAGUUUUAAAUUCCUGAAAACAGCACACCUGUCCCUCUGCCAUGUGAAUAAUACUUUUCAGCUUCACACUUGCCCCAGUCUCCCUGGGGGAAGAGCUAGCUAGCCUUUGGAAAUCUGAUGUCUUAAAUCUUUCUCUAAGCAUCUGCCUCUGAAUCUGCAUGGCAUGGUGGAUGUAGAAGCACAGUGGGAGUUUGCAAGGCAUUUAUUUGGGCAUGGGUAGAGGCUUGCUUCUUGACUCAACUCUUCCUUUGGAGUGGAAGCCUAACAGUGGCAAUAUGAGGAUUUUGCUCUCUUGUUCCAAUCAUUAACUUGCUAUGUUAAACCAUGUAUACUUACCUGGGGCACAGACUGAGCGUCAAGUAAGAAGUUCUGCUUUUUAGAUGAUGACCUGAAAGGUUGAUUUAAUGCAGAGCUUAAACCAAUAGAAAACAAGGCAGUGGCGUGAUCUAAUGUUAAGGCCUCUUCAUUCAUUUGAAGAGUUCUGGACUAGGGAAGAAAAACAUGAGUUGUUAUCCAAGCUGUGAUGUGAGGGGAUAUAUUGCUGGAUAAGGUAGCAGGUUUAUAGCAUGCAGUUGACAGGUUUCAGAUGACCCUUGAGCCGUGAGGUUCUCUGUCUUCAGUGAAUACCCCGGGAAAUUAUCCAUGCAAUGUCAUUUAAUUUGAGAUGGGACUUGGAUGCUUCAGGGGCUGCAUCUCUAUUUUCUUUGUUCUUUGGGUUCCUGGUUGUGGUGGGGCUUAGAGGACUCCUUUACCCCUCCAGUCCCUCUUUCCACAUAUAUCAGACCCACUGGCAGACAAGGUAAAUUACACAAAGUUGCAUUUUCAACCGACUGACAGAAUCACUAGCUCUGCAUUGCUGUGACAAGCUGUCUAGUGGGGAUUUCACCCUUUUGUAUCUUAGUAUAGAUCAGGCUUCCGUCUGUGGACAAGUAGUUGAUGUGCUCCAGAGCUCCUGGAGCGAGAGAUGCUCGCGGUCUGUAUAUUGCACAGCAUGAACUAUGGAUGGCGUUAUCCCUUCACCUCUGGACUGCUUUUAUUUUGUUUAAGUAACUCCAGUCAAACCUAGUCCAGUUCCAGCUGGAAGAGGCUAUAUAAGCUGAUUUGUUUUGUUGGCUGUUCAGUGGUCCUCUCAGGAAGCAAGUGUUGGGUGUGACUUUCCCAGUGAACUGGUCCUAGCGGCAUGAUGCUUCAUGCCAGAAUUGGUGGUAGGUAGCCUUUUCUCAGUGGCCAAAUGAACAGAAAGUCUCAGCAUUGAGUAGUCCAUGAAGAUAGUGAAGGCACAUUGGGCACAGGAGUGUUUGGGGGAUGUUUCUAUGGCCAUUACUCAUGCCAUGCCUGUUUAUGUAGGUAACCCAAGGCUUUCAGGGCUGUGGUUCAACAGGUAGUUUAAGCAUAGGUUGGAAUUCCAGUGACUCCAUUGUUUCAAGUUAAGCACACACUUUGCUCAGAUAGAGGUUCCUAGCCUUGUUCAUCAGCACUAACCUCUCACGUGUGGUUUGAAGAGGAAACCCUACCCAUUCCUACACAAUGUCACAACAGAGUAACCUACAGCAAAGGUGAUGUAUUAGAAGAAAAAAAAUUGAUUGCAAUAAUUGAAAGGAGAAGGGGAGCUUUUAAUAUAGGUUUAAAUAACCUGGGAAAUAUUUUCCUUAGUUGGUGGCUUCUGCUGAAAGGAAAAGUUACAGUUGAAUGUUGUUGGGACUUCCUGUGGGAGAAUUCCCUCCCGGUGUGUGUGUUUCUCUCUUUAAUGUUUGCAUAUAACCCUUUCCCUUGACCCCUGCUAUCUGAUUUGCACUAGUCCUAUUGUGGAAUUAAAACAAAAAUAAGAUGCAGGCUCUGGUAGACUAAACACGCCAAAUAUCUCUCUCAAAAAUAGAGUUUACAGUAAUGAGCUUCUCUUGAAUGAUGUUGCAAUGAAACUCGACCAGCACAAGGACAGUAUGAAGAGUUGCACCCUGAAUUUCCAAGUAGAAGGGAUCCUGGAGAUGAUUCCAGACCUGUUUUGGGGAUCAAAAGCACAAAAGAAAGAACCUGUGAAUUCCUUCUUGUCUCCUUAUUUUGGAGUUCAAGUGAUGUUUUUUUUUGUUGUUGUUCAUGAAAUGGAUGAAGUUAAGUUUGCUAUUGUCCACGGGGAGACGGUGGGGAGAGCUAUCUCUUAAGGCUCGCAGCUAGUGUAUAUGGGGCUUGCCUGCAUUAGUGUCAUUUUCUCUGAUUUAGAUGUUCCCUCCUAUAUCAGAAAAUAGAGACUUGCCCUUAUCCAGUAUGAGCUCCAUUUUGCACUGCUGCAGCAAGCCUAUUAAAAGGCAAGUUUCCCUAAUGUAGAUGGACCUUCACCUGGGCAUUGUAGCGAGGGAUUUGUUGAGGUAGUUAGUUAGCAAGCAUUAGGACUUCAAGCCAAAGGAAGUAGUGGGCACAGCAUGCCCUCAAAGAUUGUUUCUUGCUGCCCCUGAAGUAAUGCAUAGAGGAAGCCCAGUUAAAGGGGAACUUGCUUUAUGGGAAAGUCUGGGAAUUAAGCUCUGGUGACAGAACAAGUGCUUCAGGGAGACAGUUGCAGUUAUCAGUAUUAUUUCCUUUGGGGUCUAGCAAAGCUUUUUCAUGGGGUAGAAAGUGGAGCUAAAAGAGGGUUUCAGGGUCAGCAUAAUAAUGGUCUCCAAGCUGAAUAUGAUUUGAUCUCAGGUCUUCAGAGGUCUCUUUUGAGACUUGCUGCCUCAUGGGCUGGCUUUGGAUACCUUCUCCUUUGCAAAGAAAUGCAUGGGGCAAUUCUGCAUCGUUGUUUCUGAAGGGAAUGAGCAGCAGCCAGAAUGACAGCACUGUCAAGUGGGAGGAACAGACCGGAGCCAUGCCAGAAGCAUUUCCCACCCCUCGCUCUCCAAGCGGACAUCUGAGAUUCUUGUGAUUUCAAACCCAGAUCUGUAACUAAAACCAUUACUGGGUUAAUCCCAGUUUCUCCUUUUCCACUGCAGUUUGAGCCUCAGCUACCACCUGCAGUAUCUGCCCCAGGAUAUCUGUGUACAUCUAUACUAGGACAUUUGUAUGCAUCUAUCUGUGGAGCUAAACUAGCAAUACCUUUUUGUACAUCAAUGCUAACUGAAAAAACAUGGUGACUUCCUUCCUUUUAGUUUUUUCAAUGCACCUCUGUAAGCUUUUUUUUUUUUUUUUUUAAUGGUACCUUUUACGGCGACCUGACCAACAUUUGUGUUACCGAGAGUAUUGUAAAGUGACAGAUGCUUUUUAUAUAUUUUGACCAUGACUUUUGACAUUGCCUCAUUUAUUAACAAGAACAUUUUUAUGUAAUUAUUCAAUACAUUCUGAAAGCACAUAACUUAGAUCCUGUUUUGUUUUAAAUAAAGCACUUUGCAGAUAGAAAUGCUACU